AUGGAGGACGAGGACUAUGAUCUCUAUGAGGAUAUUGAGCCGCCAACCAAGCAGCAGCAGCAGCAGCAGCAGCAGCAGCAGCAGCAGCAGCAGCAGCAGGCAGCAGCAGCAGUAGACAAUGAUCCUGCCGCAGCAACAGCUGCUGCUGCAGCAGCAGCAGCAACCCCGGUGUUGGCUGCUGCCGCUCCUGCACCCAGCAGCACAGCAGCAGCAGCAGCAGCAGCAGCAGCAGCACCCCCCUCUGCAGCAGCAGCCGCAGCGCCGCAACCCCCAGCAGCAGCAGCAGCAGCAGCAGCAGCAGCAGCAGCAGCAGCAGAUGAUGAUGAUGGAGUUAUAGUGGUUGGGGGCGAAGAAGAUUUGGCCGUCAUCUGCGACAGCCCUUCAACUGAAAACAAAUUUGGAAGAGGAUGGCCAGGCGAAAGAACCCGCAGGAGCGUUUUGUACAUGCGGAAAGAUAGGCCUGUGUUUUUGGGGGCGCCGCCGCCAGUAGCAGCAGCAGCAGCAGCAGCAGCAGCAGAGCAGCUGCUGGUUUUGUCGCUGCUGCCUUGGUGGGUGACGGAGGUUUCUCUCCGCGAAGCCGCUUCUGUCUUCGGCGGCGUUUUGGGGUCGCCCUUCUUCUCUUCGAAACGGAAGGACAUGCAGCAGCAGCAGCAACAGGACUCGGCAAAGUGUAAGCAGCAGCAGCAGCAGCAGCAGCAGCAGAAACGACAGCAGCAGCAGCGGCAGCAGCAACAGCAGCAGCAACAGCAACAGCAGCAGCAACAGCAGCAGCAGUGUACGAACAGCAACAGGAGUAUUGGUAGCAGCAGCAGCAGCAGCAGUGUACGAACAGCAACAGGAGUACUGGUUAGCUGCGCAGGGCAGCUCAGCAGCAGCAGCAGCAGCAGCAGCAAAACGUCCCUUGUCUGGGUCAGCAACGAGCCCCUGCCGCAGCAGCAGCAGCAGCAGCAGCAGCAACAGCUGCAGCAGCAGCAGCAACCGCAGCAGCAGCUGCAGCAGCAGCAGGUGACGACGCAGGGCGUGACUGCAGCAGACACUCAGAGUACGCCCCAGCAGCAGCAACCGCAGCAUCAGCAAACGCAGCAGCAGCAGCAGCAGCCACAGCAGCAGCAGCAGCAGCAGCAGCAGCAAACGGAGGCAUCGCAGCAGAAGACGGGCCUCAGUGCACUAUUUCCCUUUUUCGAUCCCUCGGUGCUGCAAAUUGACGGAGCAGCAGCAGCAGCAGAGGACUGCAGCAGCAGCAGCGAAGCAGAAACCAGCAGCAGCAGCAGCAGCAGCAGCAGCAGCAGCAGCAGCGCUCCGCAGAAGCCAGCGACGAGCAAACGAUCCAGGAGAGCUAGGGCGAAGCGGCUCAAAGCAGAAGCUGCUGCUCUUCCGCAGCAGCAGCAGCAGCAGCAGCAGCGGUGGGUGCAGCACCAGCAGUACCUCCAGCAGCAGCACCAGCAGCAGCUGCAGCAGCAGCAGCAGUACAUGAUGAGGUACCACCCGCAGCAGCAGCAGCAGCAGCAGCAGCAGCAGCAGCAGCAGCAGCAGCAGCGGGUGCUGCCGCGAGGAGUCAAUGCCAUGCCUUUGGGCGGAUCGCAUUCUUAUGGUUCAAAUUACAGAGGCAGCCAGAUGUAG